UAUCCGCCAAGUUUCCACUCCAAAGCCUAACAUGGGUGCCAGCAAUCCAGCGCUCAACUGUGGGCCUGAUGCUCAACUCACGACCCUCAUCGCCAACGCGAACCUAGGUGACCAGCCUGGCUUCGAUUAGAAAGGCGCUGAUGGCAGCGGCUGGCCUCACAAUACUGGCCCAAUGCUCACAUAUCUGGCAUCUUGAGGGUCAACGACCUGUGACAGGUUUGACGCACAACCUGCCGAAGUUUAAGAUCGACGUAGUAUCAUUGUCCGGCUCCCUCGCAAGCACACAACUCCCAUCCAACCUCGCGCUAGGAAACUACCUCACCCGCCACGAAAUCAUUGCUCUCCAUCUCGCCAAAUCACUCGGCGGUGCAGAGUUUUACCCCGCCUGUUCGCAGCUUACGGUUGGCGCAUCGGGCACUGGAGUCCCUGACCCUUUGGGUGGUCACUUGCCAGGCGCGUGCAGCGACAACGACCCUGGCAUCUUUGAUUCCCAGGUAUUCGAUGCCUGUGCACCAUACAUACACCUUCCCCGGUCCUCCUGUCGCUGCAUUUGUGAACGGUGGCACUUCCACUCCUGGAAACGCAACCACAACCGCAUUUUCAAAGGCAACGGCAACCCAGACCGGUGGUGCCACUGGGACAUCGACGACGUCUAAGGGGAAGAUGUGCAAGCUCAAGAAGGGCAAGUCUGCCUCUUCGUCGUUCGUUCCAUUGGCCUCCGUGGCAGCAGCCAGUCCCACCACCACCGAUAUGUACCCCCGACACUUCAGCAGGGACCCCACGACAUGCACGCUCGCGAUUCUGACUGCUGUUUAGAUCCCGCCUUGUUGUAUUCAUACCCGGUCAUUCAUAUUAUAGGAUGUAUAGUACAUUGCUAUCAUUGC